UGGGGGGGGGGGGGGGUGGGGGGGGGGGGGGGUGGGGGGGGGGGGGGGUGGGGGGGGGGGGGGGUGGGGGGGGGGGGGGGUGGGGGGGGGGGGGGGUGGGGGGGGGGGGGGGUGGGGGGGGGGGGGGGUGGGGGGGGGGGGGGGUGGGGGGGGGGGGGGGUGGGGGGGGGGGGGGGUGGGGGGGGGGGGGGGUGGGGGGGGGGGGGGGUGGGGGGGGGGGGGGGUGGGGGGGGGGGGGGGUGGGGGGGGGGGGGGGUGGGGGGGGGGGGGGGUGGGGGGGGGGGGGGGUGGGGGGGGGGGGGGGUGGGGGGGGGGGGGGGUGGGGGGGGGGGGGGGUGGGGGGGGGGGGGGGUGGGGGGGGGGGGGGGUGGGGGGGGGGGGGGGUGGGGGGGGGGGGGGGUGGGGGGGGGGGGGGGUGGGGGGGGGGGGGGGUGGGGGGGGGGGGGGGUGGGGGGGGGGGGGGGUGGGGGGGGGGGGGGGUGGGGGGGGGGGGGGGUGGGGGGGGGGGGGGGUGGGGGGGGGGGGGGGUGGGGGGGGGGGGGGGUGGGGGGGGGGGGGGGUGGGGGGGGG